AUGGAUUCUGGAUCCCCCCACAGCAAGCCUGACUUCGACAUCGAGGCGGAGGAGAGUGAACGCACUGGUCGCACCACGCGCAUUACUUUCGAAGAAGAGUCUACGCCAGAUGUUGAAGGCAACACUCGGUCUGUUUAUCGCCCACCAACGUUCCGCCGCACUCGGUCGUUGAGUCAGGAUACCGUCCGUAGCACUCGCAGCAGUAGCCAGACAGCUGUCCCAGCAAACGCCGGCUUCCCAAUCGAGUUUCGCACCCUCUCGAUCCAGAUCUCCGAAUCUCAGAAUGCUCCCAAGGAGGUUGUCGCCGAACCGCCCAAGGAGAAGUUGCCCAACCAGGACUACUUCGAGACUCUCGACUUCCACAAUAUCACAUCGGAGAAACUGUGCCAGGAAUUCAAUGUCGACCAGCGAACCGGUCUGAGCAGCAGCUCGGCGACCCAGCGUCUUCAGCGGGAUGGAAAGAACGUCAUCGCCCACCAUCACGAGAACUACCUCAAGAAGAUCUUCUUUUAUGUCUUUGGUGGCUUCUGCUCGGUGCUGUGGGUGGGUGUGAUUGUCUUCUUCAUCUGCUGGCAACCUCUCAGCAAUCCACCUUCGCCGACCAAUCUCGCCAUGGCUAUUCUCAUCAUGAUUGUCAUCACUCUGCAAGCCAGUUUCUCUGCGUUCCAGGACUGGUCAACCAAACGGGUCAUGAACUCGAUUCUUGACCUUCUCCCCUCUGAGGCCAUGGUCAUGCGUGAUGAGAAACUCGUCCGCAUUCCUGCUACAGAUUUGGUGAUUGGUGAUAUCGUGCACAUUGGCAUUGGAAACAAGGUCCCGGCUGAUAUGCGACUAUUGCAAACGUCUGGCGAUGUUCGAUUCGAUCGUGCAAUCCUCACUGGCGAGUCGGAUGAGAUUGACGGUGCCACCGAGGCUACCGAUGCCAACUUCCUGGAGACUCGAAACAUUGCUAUGAUGGGCACACUGGUUACAAAUGGCAAUGCCACUGGUAUUGUGGUGCUCACGGGCAGUGGGUCCGUUAUGGGUCGCAUUGCGAAGAUGACUGCCGGCGUCAAGCAGAAACCAACUCUUAUCCAGAAGGAAAUCAGCAGAUUUGUCACAAUAAUCGUUAUCCUGACAGUCUGUCUCGCCCUGUUGAUACUGUUCACAUGGCUCGGAUGGCUCCACAAGGAUCACCCGACAUACAUGAGUGUUGUUGCCAUGCUAAACAAUGUCAUGGGCUGCGUGGUGGCAUUUAUUCCCGAGGGUGUUCCUGUUGGCGUUGCUCUGACUCUGAUGACCAUCGCAAAGCGCAUGAAGAAGACGAAUAUUCUUCCGAAGGGCCUUGCAACAGUCGAGACUCUUGGGUGCGUGAAUGUGAUUUGCUCCGACAAGACUGGCACCUUGACACAGAAUCGCAUGUUCGUGAAAUCGGUUGGCAUGGUAGACUGGGAAUACAGCAUUGACAAUAUUGCUGCUAGCAUGGAGGUUUCUCAUGGUCUCUCAAAUCUUCUGCGUGCCUCUGUGCUAUGCAAUGAUGCGACAUAUGACCCUACCACCUUGGAUCGACCUAUUCACGACCGUAUAGUCAACGGCAACCCCACCGAUGCGGCAGUCCUUCGUCUCGCAGAUGGAGCUGGUGCGACAUCAGCCAAGAACCUCAAGGGACAUGAGCGUGUUCACCAAAUCCCAUUCAACUCGAAAAACAAGUGGAUGUUGACUAUGCACGAGGACCCAAGUCUCAACAAAGGAUACAUGCUCUAUGUCAAGGGUGCGCCGGAUGUGCUCCUGCCUCGCUGCUAUAGCUACUGGUCCGCCAUCCACAACGCCGUUAAGCCCUUGGACGAAGAAGCUCGCCAGCGUUUCUCCGACUUCCAGGCCAAACUAUCUCGUCGCGCCGAGCGUGUUAUUGUUCUCUGCCAGCGUGUUUAUGUUCCCAAAUACCCCCUUGGAUCCAACGGGUUCAGGGACGAAAUCAUGGCAUCUGGCCCGCAAGACCUGACAGUCCUGGGGCUUUUCGGUAUCAUCGACCCGCCGCGGCCCGAGACCACGAAUACUGUCGCUGCGUGCCGUCGGGCUGGAAUUCGAUUCUUCAUGGUCACUGGUGAUUUCGGGCUUACUGCCGCUGCUAUCGCCAGUGAUAUUGGGAUAUACGAUGGCGCUGCUGAGCCUGAUACCAUCGAUGAUAUUCGUGACGGUGAUGCGGAAGAGAAGUCCACGCACUCUACACACUCGCGACACAGCUUGCUCCUCGAAGGAACCAGUCUCUCAUCUCUCACUCAAGACGAGUGGGCCACAGUCUGCGGAUACGACGAAGUCGUCUUCGCUCGCACCAGCCCCGAGCAAAAGCUACGCAUCGUUUCCGAACUCCAGGCCAAGGGCAACAUCGUCGCCGUGACAGGCGACGGCGUCAACGAUGCCCCAGCCCUACGCUCAGCAAACGUGGGUAUCGCCAUCGGCUCCGGCAGCGACGUAGCCAUCGAAGCAGCCGACCUCGUCCUGCUAGACCGCUUCGACUCAAUCGUCGAAGCCAUCCGGCUGGGCCGCCUCGUCUUUCAGAACCUGCAAAAAGUAAUCGCCUAUCUCCUCCCAGCGGGCUCGUGGUCCGAAAUCUGGCCGGUUCUCAUGAACGUCUUCUUCGGCGUCCCUUCGCCUCUCAGCUCCUUUCUCAUGAUCAUAAUCUGCGUCUUCACAGACCUCUUCCUCUCCCUCUCCCUAAUCAUGGAAAAAGAAGAAUUCGACCUCCUAAGCAUCCCACCCCGCCGCCCAAAAGAAGACCACCUCAUCAACCUCCGCAUCUACGGCCAAUCCUAUCUCUUCGUCGGCAUCAUGGAAGCCUUCAGCGCCCACGCGAUGUUCUUCGUGUACAUGUGGAAAGCCGCAGGCAUCCCAUUUUCGGACCUGGUCUUUGCCUUUGAGAAAUACACCGACGGCUUCCAUGGGUACAAUCAAGACCAACUUACGCAUUUCAACAACGUCGGCCAAUGCGUCUACUUCGUGACGCUCGUUAUCAUGCAGUGGGGAAAUAUCCUCUCUGUUCGGAGUAAGCGCAUGUCUCUCCUGCAGGCUGAUCCUGUCCGUCCGGCUCGCCGAAACCCAUGGCUUCCACUAGCCAUGCUCAUCUCGCUCGUUAUCGCUAUCUUUGUCACUGAGGUUCCGGGUAUCCAGUUGCUUUUUGGGACUGCUUCGGUUCCGAUCCAGUACUGGUUUAUUCCCUUGGGGCUGGCUCUGGGCGUGCUUGUUAUGGACGAGUUGCGCAAAGUACUGGUUCGGUAUUUCCCCAAGGGUCCGGUUGCUUGGGCUUCGUGGUGA